UACUAUUUUUGUUAAAUUAAUAAAGAACGUUAAUGAUAAGCAUAAAAUUUAUAAACAAUUGUACAAAUAAACAAAAACACGCAUGAAAGUUAAGAAAGAAAAAAAUCCCCUGUAAAACAACAAAUUAAUGUCUGUCUACGUGGUCAUAGUGAAAAGAGAAAAACAAAAGAAAACACCUGUUGAUUUAUUAUUAAAGAAAUAAAAGUAAUUAGUUUAGAAAAUUUAGCUAGAUAACAAUAAAAGCUAAUUAGUUACAGGGAUAAAAAAUGCAUUUAAAAGAUUUGUGGGUGAUUUUGUUAAUAGUGUUUGCGGUAACUGGUCAACAUAACCAGGCCGACAAUGGCUUCUUAGUGGGACAAAGACAGCAACACUAUCCCACAGAUGAGUUAACAGACAGCCAGUUUGCUCAAUUAAGUCAACUAUCAAAUGUGGCCCAUUUAAAGCAGGCCACCAAAGAAAUUCUCAUACCCCGUAUAGUGGGUACGCCGGGACAUAAGAAAGUUCGUGAUUAUAUAGUGAAAAGUUUAAAAGAUCUACAAUGGUCCAUAGAAUUAGAUAGUUUUCAUGAUACGGCUCCCAUUAAAGGCAAUUUGGAGUUUCACAAUAUCAUCGCUACCCUCAAUCCAAAAGCUGAACGUUAUUUAGUGCUGGCCUGUCACUAUGAUAGUAAAUACAUGCCGGAAGUAGAAUUCUUAGGAGCCACUGAUUCUGCAGUUCCUUGCGCCAUGAUGUUGAAUCUAGCCGAAGUUUUGGAUUCACACUUAGAGCCCUUCCGUGACUCGAAACUUAGCUUAAUGUUAUUGUUCUUUGAUGGUGAGGAGGCUUUUAAGGAAUGGGGUCCCAAAGAUUCUAUAUAUGGUGCUAGACAUUUAGCUAAAAGAUGGCAAACGGAAGGCUUUCUACCGAAAAUUGAUAUGUUAAUGCUGUUGGAUUUGCUGGGUGCUCCAGAUCCAAAAUUUUAUAGCUUUUUCCAAAAUACUGAAUCUUGGUAUACACGUUUCCUCAACUUAGAGGCUCGACUCUCCGAUGCUGGUCUCAUGGAGCGUUAUGUUAGCAGUGGUGUGUCACGGCACUAUCCUAAUCGUUAUUUCCAACCUAGUGCUUUACGUUCAUCGUAUAUUGAAGAUGAUCAUAUACCCUUUUUACAGCGUAAUGUACCUAUUCUUCAUAUAAUACCCAUGCCAUUUCCCACAGUUUGGCAUACGCCCGAUGAUAAUGAAACUAUUAUAGAUUAUAGUACCACGGAAAAUUUGGCACGUAUUAUACGAUUAUUUACUAUGGAAUAUCUUUUUGGUAUUUUAAGGAAAUAAUAGUGAACAUCACACAAUACUACUUAUACAUCUUUCCUAUGUUUUUUGUUUAAACUCCCCGUUUUUUUCCCAUAUAUUUGUAUAACCGUCUUUUUGAAAUCUGUCCAUAUAUGUUCAAACAAAUUGUACGUUAAUUUUAAAAUUAUGUUUUUUUUUAGGUAUUAAAUGUUUUUAUAUGUUUUCCUAUUUUUCGAAUAUUC